CACAGCCCUGCUCAUCCUGCUAUACCGAAGCGGUGAAGAAACCGGAGAAGUUCGGCAUCGUUCUGUUGGGUUUUCCCGUCUCCGUUUGGACCUCAACUCACCACAGAGAUGAGACUUUUAAAAGUCACUUAAACCCAUUUUAUGGAUUCUGUUCACUUCAGAAGCAGCUGAUGUCCCACAGCUCAUCGGAUGCAGCAAAUAUGGCAUAAUUACAUGCAUUGGGUUCAGUUUCGCGUUGGGACAUUCAUCCCAGCUCGGACCCCGUGUCCAGGCAACUAGGGCCGAACAAGAGGCGAGGCGGUGGGAGGAAGGGGAGCAGUGAACCCGGAGCGGCUCAGCGGGAUGGUGCGCCUCUGGAACUGUCUGCUGCUGGGAUAUCUGACCUGGAACCUGCGCAUAUCGGACGCUCAGGGGGAGUACUGCCACGGCUGGCUGGACACUAACGGGAACUACCAUGAGGGCUUUCAGUGCCCGGAGGACUUUGACACCACGGACGCGACAGUGUGCUGCGGCUCCUGCGCUCUGCGCUACUGCUGCGCGGCCGCGGACGCACGGCUGGACCAGGGGGUCUGCACCAACGACAGGGAGGUGGACAACACGGAGUUUGCGCCGCAGCCAAUCUAUGUUCCCUUCCUGAUGGUGGGAAGCAUCUUCAUCGCCUUCGUCAUCAUUGGCUCCCUGGUGGCGGUCUACUGUUGCACCUGCCUGCGGCCCAAGCAGCCCACCCAGCAGCCCAUCCGCUUCUCUCUGCGCAGCUGCCAAGGCGAGACUAUCCCCAUGAUCCUGACCACGGCACCUCCGAGCCUACGUGCUCCAUCUCGACAGUCCAGCACGGCCACCACCAGCUCCAGCUCGGCCGGUGGUGGUAGCUCCAUGCGGAGGUUUUCUCUGGGGGGUCUGGGCCAGCAGCAGCAUGGCUGCCUUGUGUCCGCCACAGUUUCCUCCUCAGCCUCCACUCCCACACAGACUCCACAAACUCUACUACCUCCACCACCACCUCCCCCCUACACAUCGCCACCAGCGCCGAUAACAGGAGGCCUCCAGCACCAACAACUGCAGCUCCACCAGCCCUCUCACCCCACACAGAACACCAGCUUCCUUCUUCCUCAGCAGUAUUUCUUCCCCCUGCAGCCUGAUGCCUUCACAGCAUCCAAGGGCUUCACUGACUUUGGACAGAGCUGACAGGGAUCCCAGCAGGGGUCAACAGGGGCUUUGAAGGAACUUCAGGAGGGCAGAGCAUGAGUCAGUGGGGACAAACAUGGCUGCCCAGCUUGUGAUGUAAAGGACUCAGGCCAGGAGAAUGAGUACACAGAGCAACCAACACAAUAACAGGACUGUUGGGGACCAUUUCUACUAUUUUAUGCACUUUUAUAGUCAGCAGAUCCCUGUGGUCUAACUAAAAUCUUGUCCAGCUUCCUCAAAAAAACAUGUUAUGUUGUUUAAUAAAAAUAUGUAAUACAGCAGAGAAAAAAAAAAGACGUCUCAACGUAAAGAUAAGUUUUUCUUUCUGAGGAAAUGUGAGAUGAUUCCCUAAUGUACGCUAAUUAAAAGCAGUUUAUUGUCAAUGCUGUGGGUGUACAGGUGAGGUUUGUCAACCAUUUGAACAAAAACAAGACUAGUCCUCAUGGGUCAUUCAUAUGAAAUAUUUAGAACGCCCUUUGAUAGCUGCCAUAUUUUUUGAACAUAUGGAUAUUUAAAACAACUCUACAAUACAUAAAAAAUUAAAAUAUUAUAAAAGAUAUACCUAAAAAAAAGAAAUAAUAUUUUAAAAUUGUCUGUAAAAUGUAAUACUGCCGUUUUUCCAAGAGGAAUUAAAAAGGACACCCCCACAUUUACUCCGACCCGAAAUUACACACAGCCGUUUCACAUCAGAUAAACAUGAGAACAUCAUUUCUUAUCAUUCGGAAGGAGGUUUGUCCUGUUAAAACCGCAGACAUUUAGUUUGGUAUCCUGCAGACUGUUAAAGUGAGAGUGAACACCAUGAGGAGAUUCAAAGAGCUAACAGAGACAGCCAACAAGUCUGGUGAGGGAUUUAAAGAGGUCUCAAAACAUUUUUAAAUCAGUUGUUCUACUUGAGGGAAAAUAUUCUACAAGUGGAGGACAUUCAGAACAACUGCCAACAUACCUAGGUCUGGCCAGUCAAACAAGUUCACCCUGAAAGCAGACCCUAAGAUGCUAAAAGAAGUCUCCAAAAACCCUAAUAUGUCAUUCAAUGACCUACAGCAGGCUCUUGCUACUGUCAGUAUAAAAGUGCAUGCCUGUGCAAGCUGGACUUUCAUGGGAGGUGUGCAAAGAAGAAAACGUUUGAUCUUUGGGGGAAAAACAGGAAGGCCAGAGUAAGACUGAAGUUUGCAAGUGAGAACGUAGACACAGAGCAGACUAAUUCUGUUUGGGAAUGAAAUCAUCGUGUAAGAGGGUACAUGAGGAGAAAGCAAGACUUGCUGUAAAAAAAAAUUAAAGCUAAAGCAGAACUGGACCCUGCUGCCUCGCAAAACAUACCAGUAAAUCAACAAAAAGUGGCUAAGAAUUUAGUAAAGGAAAGUCCCAGGGAGAGUCGAAGUCCAGACCUUUAAGUUAUUUUGAGAUUAUUUGGAGUAGCUUGAAUCAGACAGUAAAUGGAAGAAACCCCUCAAACAUCUCACGGCUGGAAGUGGAGUGGAGCAAACUUUCCUCAGACCGUUGUCAGGAACUGAUAGAUGGCUACAAAAAGGUUAGCUUUCCACAUGUGUGAAGACCUUAAUGUGUGAAGAUGUGUUAUUAAAGGACUUAAAGAACUGAAUAUAUAAUGGGGGUGGUGAGUGCUACAGUGGUAAGGCCAACACGGCAGCUCCCUACCUGCAGCUUCUUCUUGCGCCACGCUUCACGGCAGGAAUGCAGAGCUCAGAUCCGUCAUUGUCAGUGCUCAAUGAGCAUAGCAUGGUCAAGAGUGUUAAAAACAACUCCCUCCAGAAACAGGUUUAGGUUGCAACAGCAGCUACAGGAUAGGCUCCACAAAGACCUUUCUGUUCCCUGGUUACCUGACUGUGAAACAGAUCCGCAUAUAGAGGAUACUUAAAAUUACAGCUUUUAUUUCACAAAAUGCAUCUUACAGAAUGAGUUUCAGGCUGAACAUCUGCAACAAAUUUAAUGUCUGUCCCCUGAAAGGAAAGUACAAGUUGGGAACACAUUCCUUAGAAACUCAUUAGAAAGAUAAUUAGUGCAUUUGUGAGGUUAAAUAAAAAGUCACCCUCUUUGCAGGAGUUCGUUCUGGUUUAGGUAAAAGAAAGUGGGAGUUUUAUGAACUUUUGCCUCUUUUCUCAAUCCUAAACCCCUGAAAACGUUUUAGAAAAACCACAAUAACAAGAUCAAGAACGCAUUAGUUAGGAUUCUUUAGAUUUUCAUGUAAAUAAACCCUGUUGUUAGGAUUUGUGGUCAUUUUUCCAACGAAACCAUGUAUUCACCACCAUGGUUAACAGCAGCCACAAUAAUUCAUCUAAAUUAUGUCAAACAAAAUAAGGAACAGUUUGACGUCUCUUUAUUUGGGCCAUCUUUAAAUAUCACAGGAAGUCAAGGAACAGAAUAAUUUUUACUGACGUCUUUAUUACGGCGACCUGGGUUGACAGACCGCAAUCAGAUACAUCAGAUACAUCAGAUCUUUUGCUCCUUUCUGAAAAUGUGGUCUCUCAAAGGAGUUUGUUAAAGUUUUAAAUCAUUUGAAGUGGCACACGUUCUACUUUGCCAACAGGACAGCAUUGUCCCACCAGUGAUUUAGAUAAAAACAAUUAUUUUAGGUUUUCCCCCCUCACUGAAUAAACUGAAAUUAAAGUUUGGAUUCUUCUAGAGGUUUCAGUGUGAGAUUAUGCUGCUACAAGAUUAAUUUAAGGCUUUUCACACAUCUUUAACAGUGGUGCUGAUAAAUGUGGUCAAGAACUGUACAUAAAUAGACCUGGACCGGGCUUACGAAGCACAGGACCAAUUGAAAAUCCUGAUAAUGAUGGGUCUAGAGGCCCAAACAGCAGUAAAAUGGAUCUUUUUUUAGAUUAUUGAAAGAGUGUAGAUUCAUCUGUGGGUUUUUUGUAACAGUAAGUAAAAAACCUAAAUAAUCAAUGAGUAAGAGAAAAACUGUUUUCUUUGUUGUGGAUUAAUAAAAGUCUGGAACCUCAAA